AUGAAGAAGGAAAAACUCAAGAAAAAAAAAACUGAUGUAAAUAUGGACGCUCUGAAAAUGGAGCACCUGUAUGUGUACAGCUGUAUAGUUAAUGAUUUGCGGAAGGAGAAUUUGAUUUCCUUCCCCUCAGCUGAGGAGGACAGCUUGUCUAUAAUUAGGAAGUGCAUUGGGAUGAGGGCAGACGAGGAGGACGAAGAUGGAGGUGAUGUGAAGGGAGACAGCACAGAAGAGGUAGGAGGGUGCGGCGAGGAGGUAGGCGAUCGUGGCGAGGCAGACUCAGAACCAAGCAACCUAGACCAAGGGGGCCCCCAGUGGGGUGCCACUCCCACGGAAGGAAGCAUCCGGGAGGUAACCAAGAGCUUCCUAGUAACCCCACGCUCGGCCUCCAUGCCAAACUAUAUAAGCAGCUCCCUCGAAAGAUGUAACAUCAGCUCGAACGACAACGAGAGCAAUGAAGUGAAAACGUCAGUGGAGAGUGUUAGUAGUGAGCUGGGUGACUUGCCGCCUGGAGGGUUGUAUGAAGGUAAAGUGAAUGUUCAGGAGGAAGGUCAAGAUGGAGGAGGAUGUAGUCCCUCCACGGGUAAGGAUGUCGGCUAUGAAACUGUUACAGCCCAACCCAGUGAGCCGAUCACCACCACCAUGACCCACCCACAGAACAGCUACUACUACUCAGGGGAAAACACAAGCGACCCAUUAGACAUCAGUGAAUAUUUUAAACCGGAAAAUUAUACAAAUGAAGAAUUUAAAAAAAAAAACUGUCGCAUUAUUAAGAGGCUUUUAUGGGGAGAAUUAUUUGAAGAAAAAAAAAAAAAAAUAAAAAAAAUUUCUCCUUAUGGAAAAUUAAAAACGUGGGAUUUGAAAUGUGUAAUUGUUAAAGGUGGGGAUGACUUGAGACAAGAACUUUUGGCAUCCCAACUGAUUCGCCAAUUCAAAAUUAUUUUCGAGAAUGCAGGUCUGCCACUGUGGCUGCGUCCUUAUGAAAUUUUAGUUACGGGUGCCAACUCUGGCAUCAUUGAAUAUGUGAAUGAUACUUGUUCCGUGGAUUCCCUCAAGCGGAAGUUUGGCGCGGACAGCAUUUCUACCAUCUUCAACGUCGUUUUCGCUGACUACAUUUUCGAGGCGAAGAAGAACUUCAUCGAGAGUCACGCCGCGUACUCGCUCAUCUCGUACCUGCUGCAAGUGAAGGACAGGCAUAACGGGAACCUCCUGCUGGACUCAGACGGACACCUCAUACACAUAGAUUACGGGUUCAUGCUCACCAACUCCCCUGGCAACGUUAACUUUGAAACAUCCCCCUUCAAGCUCACGCAAGAGUACCUGGACAUCAUGGAUGGCGAGAAGUCUGAAAACUACGAAUAUUUCAGGCGCCUCAUCGUGAGCGGCUUUCUCGAGGCUCGUAAACACUCGGAGGAGAUUAUUCUUUUCGUGGAGCUGAUGAUGCCUGCUUUAAAAAUCCCCUGCUUUGCGAACGGCACCCAGACCUGCAUCGAGUCGCUGAAGGAGCGCUUCAUGACCAACCUGGCUGUUGACGUGUGCAUCCAACGGAUCAACGCCCUCAUUGAAUCCUCCAUCAACAAUUUCCGGAGCGUCCAGUAUGACUACUUUCAGAGGAUCACCAACGGAAUCAUGUAA